AUGCCCAUGGCCAUCCAGCCUCCAUUUGCAGACAAGAUACACUUCCAGGAACAGAAGGCGCCAAGCCACAAGACGGUCUUCUCAGUGACCGCGAUUGAAACCCAGUCGACAAGCGAUGAAAUUCAACAGAAUGGGAAGACUGCGGCGUCGACCUGUACGAUUAUAGACCUAGCGGGCGACGCUGAGGCCGAGGCUGAGGCCGAGACUGCACAGGAGGAACAGCCUGACUUGAAUCUUGUGGGCUCCAAGCAAAGGGCACUGGUAAUCACACCCAGCCGGGCAUUUCAGAUCAUCCAUGACUUUCCAGUGCCGCGAGAACUGGCCCCCGGGGACGUCAUGAUUCGGAACAAGGCCGCAGGUCUCAACCAUAUCGACUGGAAAAGUGUCGAGUACAACUUCUGUCUCCCCGAGCUUCCUUGGAUUAUCGGACGUGAAAUGGCCGGUGUGGUCGAGCGAGUUGGAACAGAGGUCACCAACCUGAAGCCGGGGGACCAUGUGUGGACCAGUACAUAUUAUCGAGACCGUCGGGCGGGCUGCUUCCAGGAUCUCGUCGUGGUUCCGCACCACACGGUUUUCCUCAUUCCAUCCAAUUUGGAUUUUCAUGCCGCCGCCAUCCUCGGCGUAGCCGGACUGACGGCCGCCAUGACCUUGUGGAGAUGGCUUGGUGUCCCUAUGCAUCCGGACCCGGCCCCGGCCAUUGGCACAGGCACGAAUAGACAGAGGCCAGAGGUGUUACUCAUCUGGGGUGGCUCAACAGUGACCGGGCAAUUCGCCAUCCAGCUAGCCGCGCGAGUUGGGGUGGAGGUCAUCGCCGUCUGUUCUGGGGCGACGGCACCGACGGUAAGCUCGCUAGGGGCGACCCAUAUCGUGACCUACACAGGCAAGACGCAUGCGCAGGUCGUGAAUGAAAUUGUGUGCUUGGCCAGAAGACGGCUGACCAAGGCCAUUGACCUCGUGGGCUCCGUGACAGCGAAUCUGGUGCUGCAGGUCGUCGCAGCGUGCGACCACGACCAGCCGGUCGACUUUGCUCCUUUGGCGUACAUGUCGGGCCGAGAGGUGGUGCCAUCGAAUGUGAGGCUUCAUGUGGUGGAAAUGAAGCAGUUCGUGAUGGACAGCAGCUGCAGAGUAUAUGGAGCGCAGCUGAACCACCUGAUCGAGCAGGGAGCUAUCAAGCUUCCAGAGGUCUCGGUGCUACAAGGAGGCGUGGACGUGGUGGAGGAAGGAUUGCGACAGGUGAAGGAGGGAAAUCUUGCGGGAAGAAAGCUGGUGGUAUCUUGGUCUCCUUCAGACGGAUGA